AUGCCACAGGUGUCUUUGUUCAUUGAAUUGAUGUAUGAGCAUUACAAGAAAGGACACCUUAUCUCAUCUACAUUUAGUGAGCAAAUUUGGAGUGAAAUCGGGGUUGAGUUAUACGAACGUAAUAAAACACAAUACAUUGUUGCACAACUUAAAGGUAAAGCUAACAGGUUUCGGAUGCUUUGGCGUAAGUUUUAUGAUUUGGUAUACAAACGGACUGGUUUUGGUUGGGACCGAACAACGUGUACUGUGACUGCCAGUGAGGAUCGUUGGGCUGAAUGGAUCGUGGCUAAUCCAAGAGAGUCUGGCUUGAAAAAGAAGGGUCUUCCUCAUUUUGAUUUAUGUACUGAGAUGUUCUCCACUUCUGUAGCCACCGGCAGUAAUACCCGUUCCUCUGCCAUGCCUCCUAUCGCCAACAAUGACGAUGAUAAAGUUAAUGUAAACUAUCCUACAAUGGAUAGUGGUAAUCCACUCUCAUUCGGAACCGAAAAAAUUCCAAGAGCAACAAGAGGUGUGCUACGAAAAGGGGGACAAAGUGAUCGGUGUGGUGGUGUGGUAUUUUAUCAUUAA